CGCGCGCGGCACCGCCCCACCCGUGCACGCGCGCGCCGGUGCCCCGCCGGCGGAGGAGGAGGAGGAGGAGGAGGCCGAGGAGGCCGAGGCCGGCCCGGCGCGAUGGACAGCACGGGCAAGGAGCGGGAGGCUGUGCAGCUGAUGGCGGAGGCCGAGAAGCGGGUGAAGGGCUCCCACUCCUUCCUGCGGGGGCUCUUCGGGGGCAACACCAGGGUGGAGGAGGCCUGCGAAAUGUACACCAGGGCUGCCAACAUGUUCAAGAUCGCCAAAAACUGGAGCGCUGCAGGGAACGCGUUUUGUCAGGCAGCCAAGCUGCACAUGCAGCUGCAGAGCAAACACGACUCGGCCACCAGCUUCGUGGACGCCGGGAACGCCUACAAAAAAGCAGACCCGCAAGAGGCCAUCAACUGCUUAAAUGCAGCUAUCGAUAUCUACACCGACAUGGGACGAUUCACUAUCGCUGCCAAGCACCACAUCACCAUUGCAGAGAUCUACGAGGCCGAGCUGGUAGACAUCGAAAAGGCGAUUGCACACUACGAGCAGGCUGCGGACUAUUACAAAGGAGAGGAGUCCAACAGUUCGGCCAACAAGUGUCUGCUGAAGGUGGCCGCCUACGCCGCGCAGCUGGAGCAGUACCAGAAGGCGAUAGAAAUCUAUGAGCAGGUUGGAACCAACACGAUGGAUAAUCCUUUGCUGAAGUACAGCGCAAAAGAAUAUUUCUUCAAAGCUGCUCUGUGCCACUUCAUCGUGGAUGAGCUGAACGCGAAGCUUGCACUCGAGAAAUAUGAAGAAAUGUUCCCAGCGUUCACAGAUUCACGGGAGUGCAAGCUAUUGAAAAAACUGCUGGAAGCCCACGAGGAGCAGAACUGCGAGGCAUACACUGAGGCAGUUAAAGAGUUCGAUUCAAUAUCGCGGUUGGAUCAGUGGCUGACAACCAUGUUGCUUCGCAUCAAAAAGUCAAUCCAGGGAGAAGGGGAUGGGGACCUGAAGUGAAUUGUGCGUGGUAUCUGCGGCAUGCAGCCUAAGUAAUCGGUUCUUGUGCUACAGCCAAGGACCACUACGGGAUACCUGAUAAAAAAAAAUCUCUAGCUUUGUUUUGUUGCUUACAAAUCCAAUGACUUGUGUGUUUCUUUAGUACCUUGCUCUGUGUCGUGACAACGUGGGUAGGUGAGAAGCGAUGCUCUGGGUGGCACCGGCAGAUCUUUCCAAGGCAAAAGCAGCGCUGCGGGCAGAAAUCCUGUUUUGUUAGCUGGGGGAACCCAAAGUCUGCUCUUGCAACUGCUGUUUUUUCCUGCUGUUCUGUCUUAAGGCUCAGUACCAUUGAUUUCAGCCUGUAAAUAUUCCAUCCGUGCCAGUACGGUACCAGUAAUUGCUUCUGCUCUGUUGCUGUAUUGUUACUGUUUUCUGUUCCUAAACGACCGCUGUCAGAGACACUUGGAUCUUUUAUUUCUUUUUUUUUUUUAAACGAUCAAGCUUUUUUAAUAGCCCUAGCAAAAGGCUUUGUGACUCGUAUAGACAGUAUGCAUGUGUGUGUAUACAUCCUGUACAGAUACAUGUGUGCUCGUGUAAGUACAGCGCACCUCGCGACCGGGCGCUGGGAGGGUUACAGGGCUGCUUGCCUUGGGGACAGCUGGCGCGAGCAGACCUAGUGAACAGAGUAUUUUGUAUUUCUGAUCUAAAUAUAAAACAUAAGGCUCUCCUCUAUUUUCUUGGAUCUAUUUUUCCACUUUAUUUUGUGGUGCAUCCCAUCCCUCCUACCCUGAGAUGACUCGACCUGAGUAAUAAUCUAUUUUUCUAACUUUUCAUUUCCAUGAACUCCUGCUGCUGGCUCUAGUGCAGGUCUCUUGUGUGUGCUGGGUGAGACCCGUUAGCUCCUGACCUCUCGGCAAAGCCACCUCGUCCCUGGGAUGCGCAGAGGCGCUGGCCGAGAUGUGAUGUUCUACAGAACCUUGUUCUAGGUGUCUGGGUGCCAGAUGAAUCCAGCUUGCUUUGAAAAAGGUGUAGACGCCUUUACAUAUUCCUGCAGUAGUCUUAGAAAUGAGUUUUUAAAAUGUCUGCGAGCAGGGCUUUGCUGUGUUCGAUUAGAGAGGAUGGAGGUACCUGUUACUUCAUGUGUGCGUGUGGAGGGGAUCGGAGCCUGUGUGCUUUGGCAGGGGGAGCUGUCACUUGCUCUUUCUCUGCAAUGAAGUGAUUUUCAGCUGUGCAAAGAACAAAAAGGUAAUUAAUUAACUGUUUUAAGUGGGUCCUCUUCCAGGGCUAGAGCGGGAGUAUUGCAGUAGCCCCCAGCAGGCAGCUUCAGCCAGCACUGCCCCUUGUCUCUUCUCUGGUGACCAAAAUGCCAGCUUUUUGCUCUUCUCUUGGGUUUGUUUUUAAUCUAGGUAUUUGGGUAGAACACAGUAUUCAGCUCCUUGGUAAAAAGGGUUUAGUUCUAUUGAAGUGGUACUUCACCACUGGCUUAUGAAAAGGAAAACCAAAAACCGCUCCUGGUACAUGCCAAAUUAUUAUUUUUGUUUUCUUGAUUGCUCUUCCUGGUUACUUAUUUUCCAGAGACUCUUGUGUGCAUCCUAACGCGAUAGGAAAGACCUGUGAGCUGUACAGAACCAGCCAGGCGAGGGCACAGUAAAUGUUCUUCCAAGCAACUUCAGGUUCUUCACUUCUCAGACGAGUGUUUAAGGCUCGUGAUCACAACCCUCGCUUUGGCUGAGCCCACCGUGUCUCACAAACUCAGCCAAGAAGUCCUCUAAAUCCCACUUAGCGCGCAGUCCUGGCCUGUGCCCACGGCCUCCGUGUGCUUGUGCCACCUCCGCUGGGCAGAGGCGCUGCGGCCGCAGCUGGCCACCCUCACAGCAAAGGCUGGAUGAGCUGCUGAUUUUAUCUCCUUGCUGCUGAACUGGGGUAAAAGGAUGCGGUUUUGUUUCAUUUAUGCAUUUCCUUAGGGAGCACAGACCCAGCCUUUAUCUGGACUUGCGGCCGGUGCCUUUGGAGCCCCACAGGCCCUGAGCUUUAUGCAGAACUGAGGCGAGUAUUUUAUGCUUUUUUUUUUUUUUUUUUUUUUUGCAUUUGCUUUUCCUGGUGUCAGUAUUAGGGACAGGUGUGAGAAGAUGCAGAGGGAGCUGGUGGAGCAGAAGCCCGUACCAGGGGGUUGUGUGGUCUGUUACUGUGCUCUGGAGUAGUGUCAUUAAAAUAGAAAUGUUAGUUCUGUGUAAGUAGGCUACAGCAUGUCCUCCGGUGUACCAGUGGUAAAUUGUGACAGUUUCAAAGUGACGAUCUGCCACUCUGCUGUAUUUUCCCCCCAGUACACAACUCUGUACUAUGAAAACCUGUUCAUGAAAUGGCCUUAGCAAGAAUAUAAUGUUUUGUGUGAAUCUGUACAUUAAUAAAGUGAAAAUCAUGAA